UAUUUCAAGAUCGUCUUGUUGGUGAUGAUGAACGACAAUGGACAGAAGAACAUAUUGAUUCUAUAGGACGUAAACAUUUUCCAAAUAUAGAUCAUUUAACAGCUUUACAACGACCAAUAUUAUAUUCAAAUUGGUUAUCAAAAGAUUAUUUACCAAUUGAACAAGAAAAAUUACGUGAAUAUGUACGUGCACGUUUAAAAAUUUUUUAUGAAGAAGAACUUGAUGUACAAUUAGUUUUAUUUAAUGAAGUACUUGAUCAUGUUUUACGUAUUGAUCGUGUUUUUCGUCAACCACAAGGACAUGUUUUAUUAAUUGGUGUUAGUGGUAGUGGUAAAACAACAUUAUCAAGAUUUGUUGCAUGGAUAAAUGGUUUACAUGUAUUUCAAAUAAAAGUUCAUAAUAAAUAUACAUCACAAGAUUUUGAUGAAGAUUUACGUAAUGUUUUAAGACGUAGUGGUUGUAAAGGAGAAAAAAUAGCAUUUAUAUUAGAUGAAUCAAAUAUGUUAGAUUCAUCAUUUCUUGAACGUAUGAAUACAUUAUUAGCAAAUGGUGAAGUACCAGGAUUAUUUGAAGGUGAUGAAUAUACAACAUUAAUGACACAAUGUAAAGAAGGUGCACAACGUGAUGGUUUAAUGUUAAAUUCACCUGAAGAAUUAUAUAAAUGGUUUACAAAUGAAGUUAUUAAAAAUUUACAUGUUGUUUUUACAAUGAAUCCAUCAUCAGAAGGUUUAAAAGAUCGUGCUGCAACAUCACCAGCUUUAUUUAAUCGUUGUGUUUUAAAUUGGAUGGGUGAUUGGUCAUUACAAGCACUUCAUCAAGUUGGAAAAGAAUUUACAAAUAGUAUUGAUUUAGAAUCAGCUUCAUCAUCAAAUAGUACACCAAAUGAUCGUGAAUCUGUUAUUCAAUCAUUUGUUUAUGUUCAUCAAACAUUACAACAAGUUAAUUUAAAAUUACAAAAAAAAGGUUCACGUACAGUUUUUAUAACACCACGUCAUUAUGUUGAUUUUAUAAAUCAUUUUGUUAAACUUUAUCAUGAAAAACGUGCUGGAUUAGAAGAUGAACAAUUACAUUUAAAUAAAGGUCUUGAUAAAAUAAAAGAAACAAUGAAAGAUGUUGAAGAAUUACAAAAAAGUUUAGCUAUUAAACGUAAUGAAUUAGAACAAAAAAAUACAGCUGCUAAUUUAAAAUUAAAAGAAAUGAUUAAAGAUCAACAAGAAGCUGAAAAACAAAAAAUAACAAGUCAAGAAUUACAAACACGUUUACAAGAACAAUUAAAAGAAAUUGCUAUAAAUAAACAACAAGUAACAAGUCAAUUAGAAAAUGUUGAACCAGCUGUUAUUGAAGCACAACAAGCUGUUAAAGGUAUAAAACGUCAACAUUUAGUUGAAAUACGUACAUUACCAAAUCCACCACCAUUAGUUAAAUUAGCAUUAGAAGCUAUUUGUUUAUUACUUGAUCAAGAAACAACUGAUUGGAAAACAAUACGUGGUGUUAUUAUGAAAGAUGAUUUUAUAAAUACAAUAAUACAAUUUAAAACAGAAAAUGUUCAAGAAGAUGUUAGAGAAAAAAUGCGUCAACGUUAUGUAUCAAAUCCUGAUUUUACAUAUGAAAAAGUUAAUCGUGCAUCACAAGCAUGUGGUCCUAUGGUUAAAUGGGCACGUGCACAACUUGAUUAUGCUGAUAUGUUACAUCAAGUUGAACCAUUAAGAAAUAAAUUACAACAAUUAGAAGAUGAUGCUAAUAUAAAUCGUGUUAAAGCUGAUGGAUUAAUUAAAUUAAUUGAUAAUUUAGAAAAAUCAAUAACACAAUAUAAAUUAGAAUAUGCUGAUUUAAUUGCACAAGCACAAGCUAUUAAAACUGAUUUAGUUAAUGUUGAAUCAAAAGUUCAACGUUCAGUUGCUUUACUUAAAUCAUUAUUUGCUGAACAACAACGUUGGGAAUUAACAAGUCAAUCAUUUUUAACACAAAUAUCAACUAUGGUUGGUGAUGUUUUAUUAUGUUCAGCAUUUAUGGCAUAUGCUGGUUAUUAUGAUCAAAUAACACGACAACAAUUAUUUAAAACAUGGGCAAAUCAUAUUGAACAAAAGAAAAUUAAUUUUCAUCAUCAAUUAGCACGUGUUGAAUAUUUAUCAAAUGCUGAUGAACGUUUAAGAUGGCAAGCUAAUUCAUUACCUGUUGAUGAUUUAUGUACAGAAAAUGCUAUUAUGCUUAAACGUUUUAAUCGUUUUCCAUUAAUUAUUGAUCCUAGUGGACAAGCAGCUGAAUUUAUUGUAAAUGCUUAUCAAGAUAAAAAAAUUACAAAAACAAGUUUUCUUGAUGAUUCAUUUCGAAAAAAUCUUGAAUCAGCACUUCGUUUUGGUAAUCCAUUAGUUGUUCAAGAUGUUGAACGUUAUGAUCCAAUAUUAAAUCCUGUACUUAAUCGUGAAGUACGUCGUACAGGUGGUCGUACAUUAAUAACAAUUGGUGAUCAAGAUAUUGAUUUAUCACCAGCAUUUAGUAUUUUUCUUUUUACACGUGAUCCAUCAGUUGAUUUUCCACCAGAUAUAUGUUCACGUGUAACAUUUGUUAAUUUUACUGUAACACGUGCAUCAUUACAAUCUCAAUGUUUAUCACAAGUAUUAAAAGUUGAACGACCUGAUGUUGAUGAAAAACGUCGUGAUUUAUUAAAAUUACAAGGUGAAUUUCAACAACGUUUAAGACAUUUAGAAAAAGAUUUAUUAGAAUCAUUAAAUAAUGUUAAAGGUCGUAUAUUAGAUGAUGAUACAAUUAUAUCACGUCUUGAAACAUUAAAACGUGAAGCAUUUGAUAUAACAAAAAAAGUUCAAGAAACUGAUCAAAUAAUGAAAGAAAUUGAAAAUGUAUCAAAACAAUAUUAUACAUUAUCAGUUGCAUGUUCAUCAAUUUAUUUUACUAUGGAAUCAUUAAAUCAAGUUCAUUUUCUUUAUCAAUAUUCAUUACAAUUUUUUUUUGAAAUAUUUAAUGCUACAUUAACAAAUAAUAAACAUUUAUUAAAUAAAACAGAUCCAUUAGAACGUUUACAAAUAAUAACAAAUGAUUUAUUUCAAAUAAUUUAUACACGUAUUGCACUUGGUAUGUUACAUGAAGAUCGUAUUGUACUUGGUUUAUUAUUAGUACGAAUUUAUUUAAAAUCAUUAAAUACGGAACCAAAUUAUGAUGAAGAAUAUGAUAUAUUAGUACGUGGUAGUAGUACAACAACAACAACAACAACAACAACAACAACAGCAACAACAAAUAAACAUGAUCAAAUAACAAUUGAAGGUUUAACACAACAACAAACAGAUUCAAUGAUUAAAUUAUCUAAAUUACCUGCAUUUAAAAAUCUUCAAUCACAAGUUUUAUCAAAUCCAGAUUUUCCUAAAUGGAUUGAAGAAAUUAAUCCUGAAUUAAAUGUACCACAUUUAUGGUCUGAAUUAACACCAUUAACAUCAAUUGGUAAAAUAUUUCAUCAAUUAUUAAUGAUACAAGUAUUUCGUCCUGAUCGUUUCUUAUCAGCUGCACGUAUAUUUGUAUCAAAUGUAUUUGGUGAAGGAUUUUUAGCAGCUGCUGAUCAAGUACUUGAUCUUGGUCCUAUUGUUGAAAAUGAAAUUGUUUCAAAUAAACCAAUAUUAAUGUGUUCUGUACCAGGUUAUGAUGCUAGUUCACGUGUUGAAGAUUUAGCUACGCAAACAAAUCAACAAUUAAUAUCAAUUGCUAUUGGUUCAGCUGAAGGAUUUAAUCAAGCUGAAAAUGCUAUUGCAUCUAGUGCACGACAAGGACGUUGGGUCUUAUUAAAAAAUGUACAUUUAGCACCACAAUGGUUAAUUACAUUAGAAAAACGUCUUCAUGCUAUGCCAGCACAUAAUCAAUUUCGUUUAUUUUUAUCAAUGGAAAUUCAUCCAAAAUUACCAUCUAAUUUAUUACGUAUGGGAAGAAUUUUUGUUUAUGAACCAGCACCGGGUAUUAAAGCUAAUUUAUUAAGAACAUUUUCAACAAUACCUUCAUUACGUAUGAAUAAAAUUCCAAAUGAACGUUCACGUCUAUAUUUUCUUCUUGCUUGGUUUCAUGCUGUUAUUCAAGAACGUCUUCGUUAUGUUCCACUUGGUUGGUCAAAACAUUAUGAAUUUACUGAAGCUGAUCUUAAAUGUGCAUUAGAUACAAUUGAUAUUUGGAUUGAUUUAAUUGCUAUGGGUCGUACAAAUCUUCCUAUUGAUAAAAUUCCAUGGGAAGCAUUACGUACACUUCUUUCUCAAUGUAUUUAUGGUGGUCGUAUUGAUAAUCCAUUUGAUCAACGUUUAUUAAAUGGUUUUCUAUCAAAAUUAUUUUCUUUAACAUCAUUAAAUACUGAUAUGAAAUUAAUUAUUGAAGAACAAGAUGAAAAAUUACAACAACCACUUGUUAUAACAAUGCCUGAUGGUGUUAAACGUGAACAAUUUAUAACAUGGAUUGAACAAACAUUACGUACAUUAAUACAACAACCAUCAUGGCUUGGUUUACCAAAUAAUGCUGAAAUUGUUUUAUUAACAACACGUGCACGUGAAACAUUAGCUAAAUUACUUAAAAUGUCAUCAAUUAUAACAAAUGAUGAUGAAGAUAUUACAGAAAAUAUUCCUAUUGAUCAAACAACAAUUGAUACAUCAAUACAAGGUAAACCACGUUCGGAUACAAGUGAUGGUCGACCAGUAUGGAUGAAACAAUUACAUAAUUCAUGUUUAACAUGGUUAAAAUUAUUACCAACAAAAGUUACAACAAUGCGACGUACAACAGAAAAUAUAAAAGAUCCAUUAUUUCGAUUUUUUGAACGAGAAGUUAAUACAGGUUCAAAAUUAUUAAGUGUUGUUCAAUCAGAUUUACGUGAUCUUAUUGCUGUUUGUGAAACAAAAAAGAAACAAACAAAUUAUCAUCGACAAUUAAUUAGUGAUUUAAUUAAAGGUGUUAUUCCACAAUCAUGGAAACGUUAUACAAUUCCAAAAAAUUUAACUGUUAUUCAAUGGAUAACAGAUUUUAGUGAUCGAGUUAAACAACUUGAAUCAAUAUCAAAAUUAGUUGCUGAUCAAGGAUUUAAAUCAUUAAAAUCAUGUCCUAUUUGGCUUGGUGGUUUAUUUACACCUGAAGCAUAUGUAACAGCAUCACGUCAAUGUGUUGCACAAACAAAUCAAUGGUCACUUGAAGAACUUGCUUUACAAGUUAUAGUACAAGAUUCAACUGAUCAACAACAACAAAUUCAAGAUGAUUGUACAUUUGCAAUACGUGGUCUUCGUUUACAAGGUGCAAAAUGUCGAUCAAAUAAACUUUCAUUAUCAUCAUCAAUAUCAACAGAACUUAAUUUAACAUUAUUUAAAUGGAUACGUUCAACAGAAAAGAAACAAACAAAUUCAAUGAUAACAUUACCUGUUUAUUUGAAUGCAACACGAAGUGAAUUAUUAUUUACAAUUGAACUUGAAUCAGCAGAUACGUCAUUAAAUGAAUUUGAUUAUUAUGAACGUGGUGUAGCUGUACUUACAUCAUCAAUUGCUUAA